AUGGAGUCUUCACGAAUCUUCGUCCGCGGGCUGCCGCCCAAGUUCACCGAAGACGACGUGCGCAAGCACUUUGCCAAGUUCCCCGUCACAGACGUCAAAUUCUUUCCGCAUCGGCGGAUAGGCUAUGUGGGCUACAAGACCCCCGAGGACGCUGCCAAGGCGGUCAAGUACUUCAACAAGACGUUUAUCAAACUCACCAAGAUCUAUGUCGAGAUUGCGCGUCCCAUUGCCGACCAGGAACUGCCAAAGUCGCGACGACAGCAGAAGCUCGAGAAGAGCGCUUCCACAAACGACGAGUACAGACCGCUGCCGCGACAGGAAAACGAGCUCAAGCGCAAGCGAGAACAAAUCGAACAGGACCCCAAGCUCAAGGAGUUUCUGGAGGUUUACCAGCCGCCUUCCAAGACAAACAUCUGGGCGAACGGCGAUAGCCAAAUUGCGGAGGCUACUGUUGCUGCGGCAGAUCAGGCUGUACCAGAGGUUGCUGUGCCAGAGCAAGAGAGCGACAAUGAAUACCAGGUCAUUUCGAAGAAGCCCAAGGUUGCUGCGGAGCCCACAGCCACACCUGCAUCUGCGCCGCAUCCUACCGAUGAAGAACCCACAGCAGAGCCUGAAGCUGUUGCUGCGGAUACUAGUGAAGCAAUGGAAGACGUGCAGGAAGCGCCUGCUGCUGAACAGGAGCCUGUCUCUGAUAUGGACUGGCUUCGAUCAAGAACAAACAGAGUUCUGGAGCUGGUCGAGGACGACGAAGAGCCUGCCGCUAACGCGUCCGCUUCCCAAGCGCCAGCACCACAGCCUCCAGUGGCUGCAGAGGAAUCGCGCCAAGAAGUGGAGGCGCAGCAAGAGCCCUCGCAACCGCCGGCAGAACAACCCAACGAUGCUGCGCCUGAUGAAGAAGACAGGAUCCGAGAGACUGGGCGACUCUACCUUCGAAAUUUGCACUACGAAGUGACCGAGGAUGAAAUCCGGGACCAAUUCUCCAAGCACGGAGCUCUGGAAGAGGUGCAUGUGCCUCUGAAGAAGGCCGACGGUAAAGGCAAAGGCUUUGCAUUUGUGCAGUUCCAAAACCCGAACGAUGCCGUCGAAGCAUACCUUGAUAAUGACAACACCAUUUUCCAGGGUCGUCUCUUACAUAUCAUCUCUGCAAAGGCAAAGAAAGACACCAAGCUUGAUGAGUACGAGAUCUCAAAGUUGCCUCUGAAGAAGCAAAAAGAGAUCAGGAGAAAGCAGAGCGCCGCCAAGGCUAUCUUCAACUGGAAUUCACUUUAUAUGAAUGCUGAUGCAGUCAUGUCCACUGUUGCCGAUCGCAUGGGUAUAAGCAAAGCUGAAUUGCUUGACCCUACAUCGUCAGAUGCAGCAGUCAAGCAAGCGCAUGCUGAAACCCAUGUCAUACAAGAGACCAAAUCAUACUUUGCUCAGCAUGGCGUUGACUUAGAAGCCUUUCAACGGAGUGCGAAGGGUGAUCUUGCUAUUCUUAUCAAGAGCAUUCCUCAUGGUGUGACUCCUGACGAGCUUCGCAAGUUGUUCGAGGAACACGGCACCGUGACCAAGUUCCUGAUGCCGCCAACAGGCCUGACGGCAAUCGUUGAGUUUGCCAACGUAGCGCAAGCAAAGACUGCCUUCAUGUCACUGUCGUAUCGAAAGAUGAAGGACUCUAUCCUUUAUCUCGAAAAGGCCCCCAAGGAUCUUUUCAAGGAAGGUGUAGCAACCAACUUUGUACAAACGACGCCUUCAGCUUCGGCACAGCCAGGCACAAAGCUCAGCGCUACUGAUUUGCUUGAGGACGUUCCAGAACCAGAGGCUACCAACACCGCUACGCUAUAUGUGCGCAACCUCAACUUCUCCACGACGACGGAGCGUCUUACUGAGGCAUUCAAACCUCUGUCUGGCUUCCGGAGCGCCAAGGUCAAGACCAAGGUUGACCCCAAGCGAGGCGUGUUGUCAAUGGGUUUUGGAUUUGUCGAGUUCAACAGCCCCGAAACUGCGACAGCGGCUUUGCGAGCCAUGGAUGGUCAUGAUCUGGAAGGCCACAAGCUGCAGAUCAAAGCAUCUCACCGGGGCGCAGAUGCGGCUGAGGAGCGUCGUAACGAAGACGCAGCAAAGAAGGCCGCAAGCACCAAGAUAAUCAUCAAGAACUUGCCCUUUGAAGCAAGCAAAAAGGAUGUUCGCGCUUUGUUUGCUCCUUACGGCCAGCUUCGGUCCGUAAGGGUGCCCAAGAAGUUCGACGCAACAUCGCGCGGUUUUGGUUUCGCAGAGUUCACGACGAAACGCGAUGCCGUCAACGCCAUGAAUGCUUUGAAGAACACGCACUUGUUGGGUCGUCGUUUGGUUCUUGCCUUUGCUGAGACUGAAUCCGACGAUCCUGAAAAGGAACUCGAGAAGAUGCAGCAGAAGGUGGGAGCACAAGCCAACAAGGUCGCUCUCCAACGCCUUACAGAAGGCGGUCGCAAGAAGUUUAACGUUGCAGGCACCGAUGAUCUAGACGAUUGA